AUCUGACGCUGUUGGAACUGGACUUGCUCUCCAGCACGCAAGAAGACUGGACGGAGGCACUGCGGGUCAACAAGGUGACCUAUGUGCUCCACGUGGCCUCGCCCUUCACUUGGGGCCCCGCUAGCGACAUGAUAAGUGUAGCAUUGGAGGGCACCAGAAAAGUGAUGGAGGCGUCCCUCGCGACUCCGAGUGUGAAACGAGUGGUCGUAACGGCAUCGGUGUCGUGCAUGAUUUUCGGGCACGACCUGCGGGCUCUGGCGGACGAGGGGGUGAAGAUCAGCCCAGGCAUGUGGACGCGUCUCAGCGAUGACGCUGUGGAUGGAAGCGCACUGCAAGUGAUCACCUCGAAUGGCCCUUGUGCUAGACGUGCCAAAAAUUCAGGGGAGUUUAUCACUAUCCCAUGUGAACUAUGCUGAGUGGGUUUCCCCUCUAUUUCAAGGGGAGACUGAUUGGGAAAAACAAGAACUCGCCCUACCUGGGAUAGUGAAAAACUACCUUUAAUAAAAGCUGUCCCCAUGGGUGCCGGACUAUCCUAAAAGCAAAACACUCGCAGAACAGCUCGCUUGGACUUAUCACGGGGCGACGGAAUCGCCUAGUGUCGUUAGCAGUACUUCUACUAGUGGUCCGCGUCCGAUCAUAUCAAAAACAACCUCGAAGACGAGAACAAAAGGUUUAUUAAGGCUUCCCCUAAUCCAUCUUCGGAAGCAUCUGGAACAGGCUUUUGACGGGGAAAAGGCCUCUGCGAUGUAUUUCGAGAUGGAUUGGAGUGAGCUCUAAGCUUAGAAGUCGUCUCAAUUGCUCCACAAGUCGCUUUUGGUCCGCUCCUUCUUUCCAAAGGUUGUGAGAGUGUGGAUGUCGUGAAAGACGUGCUCUCUCGCCCCAUCGUGCCUGACUUCGGCAUCCAGGUUGUGGAUGUCCGGGAUAUCGCUGAGUGCCACAUUAGAGCGAUAGAAUGUCAAGAUCCAGCAAUUGUGGAAACUAAACAACGCUUUAUCUGCCAUUCAGAAUUCCUACCCUUCACAGAAAUAUCUGACGCAAUUCGGACUGCAAUUGAGAAUGGCAAGAAGAAAGCAAGUCCAAGUGGUGCUGCUGUGCAGAAAAACGCGAAGAAAGCAGAACCCGAAUUCCCGGCUUCGGUUCUAGCACCAUCGAAGCGGUCCUUUCCGGUUACCGUACCCAUGUGGAUCCUGAAAUUGAAUUUAUGUUCUUUUGAAAAGAUUUAUUCCCUCUUCCUUGAUUAGUUUGCUAUUGUUACUUCUAGGUGAAAAAAGCAGUUAGCAGUAACAUUGUGUGACAGAAGAUGUCAGCAUACAGAUACUCGCACUCCUAUUUUGCUCCAUCAACGUCGUACAGCAUAAGCAUGCCCCAACAUCGAAUUCCGUUUCCCGUCUUUCCUUCCCCGUUCCUACUCGCCUUCUCCGCCCCUGUCCUUCCCCAAGCACCCACUCACUCUCUAAUGUCUUCCGUGAUAGAUAAGAGCCUGCGCGUUUUGUGCCUGACCGAGGGCCUCGAGAGGAUGGGCGUUGACUUGGAAAACGGCAAGAAGAUACUGAAGAUGACCUCCUAUCGUAAAGGAAAAGCCUCAAUUUAUGCGAUGACACAAAGCAUGAUGGAGAAAGGCAUGUUGUAGGGCGCGAUGCGAUGCCACAAAGCAUGCUGGUGGAAAAUAGGGGCAGGCUCUAGCCCUACAGUAGCAGUAGGAGUUUCCUGGUGCGGGAAUGUUGCUAUUCCCUGCUACGAUGUCGGCCUCCUGCAAACAUGCACAUGAAGAUCAUGUAGAUAUCAACUACAGUUUGAUUUUCCAACGCAGUCUGUCGUCUCGCCAGACAGACUAAAAAGAGUUUUUCGAUGGACUUACACCCAAUUUUGGUGCCAAUUCUUUUUACGCGAUAUUAGAGUAUAAUAGAUACAACUACGAACAAGCAACGCGAAACCAAAACGGGAAUGCGCGCAUCAAUUUUUCCACUUUUUCUAUACCUCUAGCUCCAUGAGAGCUCCUCUACUAUGUCGGGACAUGAUCUCUCGCUGAGUCAAAUCUGGUAUAACUCAUUUGGCUGCGCACAAAAUAGCUUUAUAGCAAUA